ACGUCCUCACCACACAGCGUCUGGCCUAGACGGCGCUGGCGGUAUAUAUCACCGACGUGACUCUUCCAUAUCCUGCGCGCGCCUCUCACCUGCACGCACUUACACACACCGUCAUACACUGCAGGUUGUACCCAACGCUGCGCGACUCCAUCUACGCUCUGACGCGUUCACUUCCUUCGGGCCUCGAUGUUGUCAAACGCACCACUACUUGACGUGCCUUGCCAGUGUGAGCCCUCUGCCCUCCCGCUUGCUAUCUCUACCGUGCAACGCCACCCCGCCCGAUCCCUGCGCCGCUCGUCUAAAUCUGGUCCUGGAUCGGCGCGUCCUGCAGCAUAUCCGUGAUCGUGGCCGUCUUGAUCCAAUCGCGCUAUUCUCUUGACUGUGAAAUCAUGCCGUUUGUGGCUAGCAAAGUGGGUACCUCUCUUGCCUGUUGCGUCUCUGCCGCAGUUCCUUCCUCUCUGCCUUUUCUGCGCCGUCCUCCGUACCUUCCUACAGAUCUCGCCGCCCUGUCUGACUGACACAGAUCCAAAGCAUCUUCGCCUUCCCUAUGUACGGCGACCAUGAUGCCCCGCUCACCCAGCCGCACGCGCUCCUCGGUAGUCACUCCAUCGGUGUGCUCCUCGGUAUCCCCUACUCACGCGCUUCGCCCAGGUCCAGUGUUCUGCGCAGUGCAGCGAGCGUGCGCGUCGUACGAAAGACGAUGUUACCAGGGAAGUACGAUGGAGACGUUGCGCUGAUAAUAGCGAAAGGAACGAGUGAGUGGGCGCGUGAGCAUA